UGGUCAGGCCAGUACUGGACAACGGUGCGCUGCUGUGCAAUAACAAAAACAUUUUAUUUUGACAAACGAUUGCAUCGAGCCAAAAGUACAAUUAUGGCCAUGCAACACGCACUGAAACGUUGCCUGGGCAUGGCACGGGUGCCCCUUAUACGCGCCCACUCCGCGGCCUCUGUUGCCGCCAUUAAACAAAGGGAAUCUGGGCUCCGGACGUUUCCGGGGCAACCGGGUAGGCGAUCAUUUGCCUCACUGCCACAGGAGGAGAAGAAUAAGAAGGAGCCGGAAGAGAGUCGGGAGAGUCUCAACAGACUUCCCCGGCUCAUGGAGUUUCCAGAAAUCAUAUGGCCCUCCGCGCUCAACACCCUCAAGAAUUGGAUAACCAUCCAGUUCAUCAUCCGCCCCUACUUCGAUAGCGAGUUUCAGCUGAAGGACUUUAUAUUUGGCGCAAAGCAGGCGCUGCAGGUAGUUUCCUCAAGAUUGAUGGGCGGUGAUCUGGACUCGCUGGACACUUUGGUCUCGCCCGAAGCUAUUUCUGAGCUGCGACCCGUGAUACAGAAGCUGUCGAUGACGCAACGGCGGCAGUUGGAGAUAAAGGAAAGCGACAUCUACCUCAGUUUCCCCUACCAGGUGGGCAUCAUGUUCGACGAGGCCAAUGAUAAGCUCCAGAAGCGCUUCGUUGAAAUCACCAUGGUCUUCCACGUGAUGCGCGGUCUCUCCGAGAUGCGAGAGCGCGGCGAAGAGAUACCUUGGAACAUGGGGACCCUGCCCGAGUACCAGGACAAAGUGUUCAUAUGCAACUAUCGAUUCAUCAAGGAGUUUACGGCCGGUCAGCAGUCGGACUGGACUAUUAAUGUGGCGAAUCACUUUAGGGCCAUCGACCUGAUCAACGAGUCCAAAUAGC